GGUUACUGCAUGUGUACAGGGUCAUACCAGCACUAAACUGGCUCUAUACCGGAACCAAACCAGGACAACACCAGGACUAAUCUAGGACUCUGCCAGGACUAAACCAGGACCAUGGACCAGGCUACCUGUCUGUGGGGGGUUCUGUCCCUCUUCCUCUUCCUCACAGGAGCCAGUGGACAGCCCGACGUUUGUGGCUCUGCUCCUCUGAACGCAAAGACAAAGAUCGUUGGUGGAGAAGAUGCAAUACCCGGAUCAUGGCCAUGGCAGUGCUCACUGCUGAGAUUCGGGUCUCACUUCUGUGGAGGUUCUCUCAUAAACGACCAGUGGGUCCUGACGGCGGCUCACUGCUUCUCCAGCACCAACACUGGUGGCCUGACCGUGGCCUUGGGCCGGGACACGCAGCAGCUGUCGAACCCUAACGAGGUGACGCGAACGGUGACACGGAUCAUUUGUCACCCGAGUUACGACGAAGACACCAACGACAACGACAUCUGCCUCCUGAAGCUGUCACGCUCCGUCUCCUUCGACAGCUACAUCCGCCCUGUCUGCCUCGCCGGCACCGGCAACGCACCCAGUGCCGGGACCAAUGUCUGGGUCACCGGCUGGGGGACCAUCAACUCUGGACAGGAUCUUCCAUUCCCUCAGCGUCUGCAGGAGGUCAAUGUGCCGGUUGUGUCUCGGCUCGUGUGUGACGUCAGCUACACCAACGUGGACAUCACCAACAACAUGCUGUGUGCGGGACGAGCGGGGAAGGACUCCUGCCAGGGAGACUCGGGCGGUCCAUUGGUGUUGAAAAUGAACGGGUCGUGGGUGCUGAUGGGCGUGGUCAGUUUCGGCAUCGGGUGCGGUUUGCCGCAGUUCCCGGGCGUCUACACUCAAGUGUCCCGCUACCAAACCUGGAUCAGCGGCCGCACCGGCUCAGACACGUCUGGCUUCAUGGACUCUGAAGGGAAUUUGUCCAGCGCAGCGCUGCACCUGUCCAUGCACCUGUCCCUGCUCCUGUCUGCACUUAUGGCACUGCUUUACCUGCAUCUGCUACCAUAACAACUUACCUGUCCCCUCACCUGUCCCCUUUCAUAAGUGCAAGUCACUAUCUGUACUCUACAAACAAAAAUUACAAAAAAAAAGAUCAAAUAAUUUAAAAUACAAAUGCAAAUUUCACAUUUUUAUAACUUGUACUUCAUGGGUUAAAUAUACACAUGUAGACAAAAUUGUUGGUAUCCUUCGGUUAAUGAAAGAAAAACUCACAAUGGUCACAGAAAUAACUUGAAUCUGACAAAAGUAAUAAUAAAUAAAUAAAAAAUUCUCUGAAAUUUAACCAAUGAAACUCAGACAUUGCUUUUCAACCAGGCUUCAACAGAAUUAUUUAAAAAAAUAAACUCAUGAAACAGGCCUGGACAAAAAUUAUGGAACCCCUAGAAAAGAAUGAAAAGAAUGUGACCAAAGGGACAUGUUAAGGUGUGUCCAUUAAUUAGCAUCACAGGUGUCUACUCACUCAACAUGGACCAGAGGAAGCAAAGGAGUUGUCUCAGGAGAUUAGAAAGAAUAGACAAGCACGUUAAAGGUAAAGGCUAUAAGACCAUCUCCAAGCAGCUUGAUGUUGCUGUGACUAUAGUUACACAUAUUAUUCAGAAAUUUACGAUCCAUGGGACUGUAGCCAACCUCCCUGGACAUGGCCGCAGGAGGAAAAUUGAUGAGAAAUCAAAGAGACGGAUAAUACGAAUGGUAACAAAAGAAGAAAAACUUCUGAAGAGAUUAAAGGUGAACUUCAAGAUCAAGGAACAUCAGUGUCAGAUCGCACCAUCUGUCGUUGUUUGAGCCAAAAUGGACUUAAUGGUAGACGACCAAGGAGGACACCAUUGAAAACAAAUCAUAAAAAGCCAGAUUGAAAUUUGCCAAACUACAUGUUGACAAGCCACAAGGCUUCUGUGAGAAUGUCUUAUGAACAGAUGAGACAAAAAUGGAACAUUUUGCCAGCUCUGUUCACAGAGAGAAAAAUGAAGUACAUCAAGAAAAGAACACUGUCCCUACUGUGAAACAUGGAGGAGGCUGUGUGAUCUUCUGGGGCUGUUUUGCUGCAUCUGGCAUAGGGCAUCUUGAAUUUGUGGAGGGUACAAUGAAAUCUCAAGACUAUCAAGGGAUUCUAGAGAGAAAUGUGCUGCCAGAGUAAGAAAGCUUGGUCUCAGUCACAGGUCAUGGGUUUUGCAACAAAACAAUGACCCAAAACACACAGCUAAAAACACCAAGAAUGGCUAAGAGGAAAACAUUGGACUAUUCUAAAGUGGUCUUCUAUGAGCCCUGACCUAAAUCCUAUUGAGAAUCUUUGGAAACAUGCCGUCUGGAAAAGGCAGCCUUCAAACCUGAGACAACUAGAGCAGUUUGCUCAUGAGGAGUGGGCCAAAAUAUCCGCUGAGAGGUGCAGAAGUCUCAUUGACAGUGACGGGAAUUGUUUGAUUUCAGUGAUUGCCUCAAAAGGUUGUGCAACAAAAUAUUAAUUUAAGGGUACCAUCAUUUUUGUCCAGGCCUGUUUCAUGAGUUGUUUUUUUUUUUUUUUUUUAUAUAUAAUUCUGUUAAAGCAUGGUUGAAGAGCAAUGUCUGAGUUUCAUUAGUUAAAUUUCAUAGAUUUUUUAUUUACUAUUACUUUUGUCAGAUUCAAGUUAUUUCUGUGACCAUUGUGAGUUUUUCUUUCAUUAACUGAAGGAUACCAACUAUUUUGUCUACAUGUGUAUAAUCUUUAGAAGCCUUCAAAGUAGAGACGUUUUAGCUGUGGUCCCUCUUUACUUGCCACGCCCCAGUUUGAGUCAUCUGCUGAAUCUGUGUCAGUCAUGCGAGCUUGAGUUAUUAUGCUUUCUGCUUCAAUUAACUGAAAUUGACUUUUUUUGAUAAAUUCAUUUUGAUAAACUUGUCUGGCACUGAUCACAAACACAUGAAUGAUUUAGAGCAGUGAAAUGUGCAGCUAACGCCACACAUUUAAACAAUCAUACAAACAGCAGAUGGAGUUUGUCCCUGUGUGUGUUGCCGGCGUUUUGUUGUGAUGAUGUUUACGUUGACGUCAGCUCCCACUGGGCACCGCAGUUUUCUAACGUGGAAGCCAGCGGUCUUGUUUCUUUUAUUAAGUCGUUUUAGAUAUUUUUUUUAAUUUUUUUUUUUGAAUAUUGUGAUUUAAAAAUUUGUAAAUUAUGACAGAAUGAUCCACAGGUGUCAGAGAUUAUAACUAAAGAGGCACACAAGCAGAAUAGACUGAUUUAAACCCUGAUGAUUUAAACCCUGAGUGUCCAGAUGAGCACCACGGAAACGUCUCAACUUUGUCUCAUCUCUCUUUAUUUUUACCUUUAUUUUGAUUAAAAAUUUUAACAAAAGUAUUUCAAUAAUAUUAGUGUACAGUAAAAGUCAAAUACCCCCUCUUUAAUACCCCAUAGAAGUAAAAUAAUCCCUCUUUAAGUGUCUGUUCUAUAUUAAUCACUGGCAGUGGCUCUGGUGUUUUUAAUGAAGUCUGUAUUGUUGGUCUUUUUUGCAGUAAUGUUUGCACACUGUAGUACUAGUACUGUAGUAUUUAAAGUUUUAGUUCAAACUGAAGUAUCACGGGUAUUGUGCAGUAAUAAACUGAAGUGUGUUUUGUGGAGUUUGCUCUGUUGCCCUGCAGUCGUUCCACUUGGAUUUACAGUUUGUCUGACAGGUUAUGAUGCCUGUCCUGAAUUUGGAAGAUAAAACCUUUAAAUAAAAGUUAUACUUUUACACAAAUCAAGAAGCAGUUUGUAAAGAAAAGAUGAAACUUGUAGAAAAUAUCCCUCUGACACUGAUGGUGUCACACACUGAGAAUUCUGUCCAAACGUCCGGCUUAAUUUAAACAAGAAACACAUUUUUCUGAGACUUUAAACAUGAUUCUAACAAAAUAAAGAUGUUUUCUUACAUUACAGAAGUUUAGGCUCAUUCUUGCUCUGCAUGGAGCUAUAAUUACAGCUCCAUCCAGAGCAACACUGAGCUAAAAACUUCUCGACUAUUAUAAUAGUUCUUAUCGUAGAUCCAUCCUGCUAGGUAACAGUUAUGGAAGUGUGAUGUCAGGAGUAGUCUACACCAUCAGGAGCACUUUAACCUUGGGAUAUUUUCACAUUAUAAAUAUGAAAUGUACAAUAAGGAAUAUGUAUCGUGAUGAACAAUGCGCCCUGACAACGCCUUUGUCUUUAAAACCAGUCAAUAAAUCUGACAGUACUGUGC